UUACGGUAUCGCCUUGAUGGCGACGAUGCUGUACUGGUGCCGGGGCGGUAUCGGAACGUUAUAUCAGUAUAUAACUUAUUUUGGUUUGUUACCUUUUGACAUUUAGCAUGAUUCUGUAUGUUUUAAUUUUAGUUUUUUUCCUAUAUUCAUGAUAUUUAAAUUCAACGCCGUCGGAUACCCGUAAGUUACCUAUCAACGGAAAAAAAGUAUAAAUGGACGGCUUUCUAAAUAAAUCCGGGGAAGCCAGAAGAAAUGUAUUGCAAACACUCUUCUUCAGCAAAAAUGGAAAAACCAAGGAAGAACUAGAACAUGACACCGUGAAAGAAAUCGUGGAAAAGGCAUUUAAAAAUGAGAAGUCAAAUCCAUACUUUUCAAUUAUGAUGGAUGCAAUGGGAGACAUUGGGUGUUUUGUUGAUGUGGAUACUAAUAUUGCUGUAAAACAAUGCGGUGAGGAGCUGGAGGAAAUGCUGGGAGCUUUCAACUAUGAAAAAAAUGAAAUAGAAAUAUGUCAAGAUUCCUUCAGUAAAGCCUCUUUUGCUAGCCAAACAAGGGCAAUGCAGACAACAUUGAGUAAUAUACUUGUAUCAGCGUACGAUCACUGUCGAGCGAACAUGAACUACAAGGAACCAGAGAUGGACAUGUGUAGUUCCAUUCGUGCCGCAGCACUUAGCGGACAAUGCAGUUCGGAAACUCUGCAGAUGGGUUCAAGAAAGGUUGCAUCUAGCAAGAGGGGUUACCAAUCCUGUGUGAUAAGGAAUGCAGUACAAUCUUUUCUGUCAAGGCAUCCAGAUUACGACCUGAACGCUGUUCAGCCAUUGGUUAAGAAGGUUUUUCUGACAUGUUUUUACGAUCACAGUCCCCAUGAUAGACUGCCGUAUGAUGAGAAACAAGCAGAACUGUCUUAUAAAGCUUAUAUACAUAGAAAUCGAUAUUCUAUAUGAAUGACCUGAUGUUUUCUACAUUUGUAUUAUUUUUUUAAUAUUUAAUUUCAAAUGAA